AUGGGGAAAGGUUCAAAACAGAUCACACAUUCUGAGUGGGCAUCAGGGGAUUCGUAUUCUGCGAGCGCCGGAGCAGGAGGAGGGAAAGGAGGAGACAAUGCACCCUUCAAACGUCUCCCUUUCAAUUUCUGCUCUCUCUCACUGCAGCCAUUCGCGCACCCGGUUUGCACGCCUUCAGGAACAAUUUUCGACCUCACCAAUAUCCUCCCUUGGAUCAAGAAACAUGGAAAGAAUCCGGUAGAUGGCACACCACUCAAAAACUCCGACCUCAUUAAACUCAAUAUCGCGAAGAACGAAUCGGGGGAUUACGUCGACCCAGUAACCUAUAAAGUCUUAACGGACAACACACAUAUUGUCGCCUUGCGCAAUACCGGAAAUGUUUUCGCGUGGGAUACCGUUGAGCGGUUGAAUAUCAAGGGAAAGCUGUGGCGCGACCUCGUUACGGAUGAGGAAUUCGGACGCAAGGACAUAAUCACCCUACAGGAUCCCCAGAAUAUUGAGUCACGGAAUCUCAGCUCCUUCAAUUACUUGAAGGAAGGUGAAAGUGUUCCUGGACAGAAAGAGGAAGAGUCCAAUGUAAAUGCCAGCGCGUUGGGAAGUUCAGCCAAGAUCUUGAAGGCAAAGGAGGCUGUGGCUAAAGCCCGUUCGGAGAGAGCGCAACGAGCUGACUCUAGCGCUGUCACCAAGAAGGCUGAUGGUAGUACAACUACAAGCACUCAAUCCAAAACGGCCUCGUUCCAAUCUGGGAAACCUACACCAUAUAAUGCAGCCAAGUAUACUACUGGUAUGGCUGCGGCAUCCUUCACGAGUACCGGUUUAACACCACAUACAUCUGCCGAGCUCGCACUUCUUUCCGACGAAGAAUACAUGUUAAAACGGGGACGUGUAAAGCAAAAGGGUUAUGCUCGAAUCUCAACCACAUCCGGGGAUAUAAACCUGGAGCUACAGACGGAAUAUGCGCCAAAAGCCGUGUGGAACUUUAUCAAACUGGCUAAGAAGGGUUAUUAUAAAGAUGUCACCUUCCAUCGUAAUAUCAAGGGCUUCAUGAUCCAGGGCGGAGAUCCCUCGGGUACUGGUCGGGGUGGUGAAAGCAUCUGGGGUAAAUACUUCAAUGAUGAAUUCGAGGGACCUCUGAAACAUGAUUCCAGAGGGACUCUCAGCAUGGCCAACAAAGGCAAGAACACUAAUAGUAGCCAGUUUUUCAUUGCGUACCGUGCUCUCCCACAUUUGAACAAUAAGCAUACUAUUUUCGGUCAUGUAAUUGACGAUCCGACUCCUUCGUCCACCACCCUAAACAACCUGGAAACGCACCCGGUCAAUUCAUCAACGAAUAGACCUACUCCAGACAUUCGCAUCACAGAUGUCACAAUAUUCGUGGACCCGUUUGAGGAGUUUCUGAAUCAGAAAAAGGCGGAAGAGGCGUCAGGGAAGAAUAAAAAGGUCGAUCCAACAGAAGAAGAUCGGGAAACUCAACAGGAAGAUGACGACCAAGUUACUUGGACAGGGAAGAGAGUACGCGGCCCAGGCUCUACAGCAGCUGGCGGUGAUGCUGGAAGCGGAGUCGGAAAGUAUUUGAAGGCUGCGCUGGCUAAUCAAACUACUCAAGAGGAGGAUGAGAUCGUGGAAUUUGUAGACGAGGAGCCCGAGCCUGAACCGAUGCGGAAGAAGUUCAAAAGUAGGGGAGGGUUUGGUGAUUUCAGUUCGUGGGAUUGA